CCCGCACGCACGCGUCCAUGCCUCCGCGCGGCACAUAGACGAUCGAACGCACAUUUUAACCCAGUGACGAGAGGGCGACCUCUCUUUGACCAGCAAAAUAGCUUCGCAAGUGGAAAUGCCGUCGAGCCUCUUCGGCGAGCUCGGCUCGGUCGGCGGUGGCCUGGUAGAAGACCAGCGCGCCUUCCAACUCGCGCUGGAGCUGAGCCUCCUCAACCUGGGGGAGAGCCUGCCCACGGCGAACCCGCUGGCGAGCCCGCUGGGGUUCGCGCCGCCGCCUGACGACCGCGCCAAGAAGUCGCAGAACAUGACCGAGUGCGUUCCUGUGCCGUCCUCGGAGCAUGUCGCCGAGAUCGUCGGCAGGCAAGGCUGCAAAAUCAAAGCGCUGCGGGCGAAGACCAACACGUACAUCAAGACACCGGUGCGCGGGGAGGAGCCCGUGUUCGUGGUGACCGGGCGCAAGGAGGACGUGGCGCGCGCCAAGCGCGAGAUCCUCUCCGCCGCCGAGCACUUCUCGCAGAUCCGCGCCUCGCGCAAGUGCGGCGCCGCGCCGCCGCCGCCCGCCGGCGCGCCCGGCCACGUGACCGCGCAGGUGCGCGUGCCCUACCGCGUCGUCGGCCUCGUCGUCGGCCCCAAGGGCGCCACCAUCAAGCGCAUCCAGCACACGACGCACACGUACAUCGUGACGCCCUCGCGCGAGCGCGAGCCCGUCUUCGAGGUGACCGGGCUGCCCGAGAGCGUGGAGGCCGCCCGCAAGGAGAUCGAAGCCCACAUCGCGCUGCGCACCGGCGCCGCCGGCGGCCCCGCGGGCGCCACGCCGGCCGCGGACAGCGAGCCGCUGGCGCAGCUGUACCGCGCCGGGCUGGCGUCGCUGCUGCCGCGCCCCGAGCAGGAGGCGGCGUUCUCGUCGGCGGGCUCGUGCUCGUCGGGCGGGUCGUCGGCGCGGCUGGGCGACCUGCUCGGCAUCUGGUCGUCGACGGAGCGCGACGAGGGCCUGGGCGAGUCGCCGUCGUUCGAGUCGCCGGGCGGCGGCACGGCGGGCGUGUGGGCGUGGGGCACGCGGCCGUCGCCGGCGGCGUCGCCGGUGCGCGCGUGCGCGGUGUGCGGCGAGCGCGGCGUGGCGGCGGCGCUGGUGCCGUGCGGCCACAACCUGUUCUGCCUGGAGUGCGCGCAGCGGCUGGCGGCGGGCGGCGCGCCUUGCCCCGCGUGCUCGGCGCCGGCGCACCAGGCGAUCCGCAUCCUCUCGUAGACGCUACCUCGGUAGUUGCACUGACGCGGGCGCGGAGACGGGGACUACCGCCCGACACCGGUGGUUUUAUCGAGCACGUUUUUGUAAUAGGGAUCGAUCUUUUUUACUUAAAAAUCGUUAUAAAAAUAUUAAAAAAAUAAAAAUCGCGUAAUCGAAAUCCUGGUGCCAAAAGUCGGCGCCUCGCCGGCACGGCCCGUCCGCCGCGCCGAACCUACCUAUCGUAAGUCGGCAGAGUUAUUCACGAUAUAUUUUCUUAUUAUGAACGUUUUUUAUUAAGGCCGCGGCCGAGCGCCGGCGGCCGCAGAGAGAGCGAGUACGUUACGAUAGAAUUUCGAAAAAAAAACAUAAAAUUUAAAAAAAGUUGUAUAAUUAUUAUUAUUGAUAGCGUAAAUGAGAAAUCGAAAAUUUAUAAAGCUUACCUAACGUAAUAGCGUAAAGUAUUAAGAUAUAAUAAUAUAUUAGGCGAUACGGGCGGCGCGGGGAGCCGGGUGGCCUGUUGACUGUUCAGAGUCUAGGAGUAGGCAAUAGGCGCGAGCCCUAGCUAAUGUUGGUUGUAGGGAGGCCCCCCCGGCGGGGAGCCGGGGGGGCGGGUAGACUAAAGCGCCGCCGCGCGCUCCCCGGCGCGCCAUGCUCAUACUAUUUUUGACUAUACGAUUAUUCGCUUAAAUGAUAUUAUACAUACGUACUACACUAUGAUUAUGAUAAUAUUAAUAUAAUGUUUGUUUUAAGUGUGUUUUAAUGUUUAGAUUUUUAUUGUAAUGUUUUUAUGAAUGAUUUUUAUCUGUAUGAUUAUUAUUGAUUAUUAUUUUAUGUGUUGACGAUGUUUUUUUGUGAUUAUGAGAGCCCGCUAUGCGGGCCGAGGCUGCAUGUUCGUUUAGUGUUAUAGUAUAUAUAUAUCGAGUAAUAAAAUUAUAGUAAUAAAUAAUAAAGAAAUAAUACGACUCAUUCAUUAUUAUAACUAUUGUAGUCCGUAGCACGAACAUUGACUAACCAUUACCUAUUGAUACUUAUUAAGUAUUAUUAUUACAUUAUUGAAUAAAUUUAAAGAAUGCAUAAUUAUAUUUCAUAGGAAUCAUUAUUCUGUAUAAUCUAGUUAAUGUAACUAUAAUAAAUAUGUUUGUAUAUGUACGCGAGGGCGUUGUUUUGUUCCGGGGGAGGGGUUUAUGGAUGGAUAUUUUUUUAUUUUUUUACCGUUAUAAGUUUUUGACUUACUCAUGUAAAGAUACGCGAGAUUUAAAAUACUGCCUAUUAGAUUAUAUUUUAAAAAUAAUGUUGCGUAAACCUCCCCCCCGCGUGUAGAUCCAGUGAUUUCGAUAAUUUUAUUUUCAUAAUAAAAUGGGUAGAACGCUUUAGGUUCAAAUAACGUUGUGAAAAUUUGUGAAAUUUUGUAGACUACAUAUCUUAUUAUAAAUCUAAAUAUAAACUAUAACUUUCCA